AUGUCUAAUGCAAAAGAAAGAAAACAUGCUAAGAAAAUGAGAAACCAGCCCACUAAUGUGACUUUAUCUUCUGGCUUUGUGGCCGAAAGGAGCACAAAGUACCAUAAUGGAGGUGGGAGACCUUUCCAAGCUCAAAAACAAGAGCCUUUUUCUGGAACUUCACGACAGCGGCAAACCAAAAUGACCCACCAUUCCCCGGUCGAUCCUGAUGUGAAGGAACAGUCUUCCUCCAAAAUAAUGUUUAAAAAGAAGGGAGGAUGGAAAGCAGGUCCCGAGGGCACGUCUCAGGAGAUUCCCAAGUAUAUAACUGCUUCUACUUUUGCUCAAGCCCGAGCUGCUGAAAUCAGUGCUAUGUUGAAAGCAGUGACCCAGAAGUCUUCUAAUUCGCUGGUUUUCCAGACCCUGCCCCGGCACAUGAGACGGAGAGCCAUGAGCCACAAUGUCAAGCGCCUUCCCAGGCGGUUGCAGGAGAUUGCCCAAAAAGAGGCCGAGAAAGCAGUACAUCAGAAAAAAGAACAUUCAAAGAAUAAAUGCCAUAGAGCUCGAAGAUGUCACAAAAAACGGGUGCUAGAAUUUAACCGUAGACAAAAGAAGAACAUAUGGUUAGAAACUCACAUCUGGCACGCCAAGCGGUUUCACAUGGUCAAGAAGUGGGGCUACUGUCUCGGGGAGAGGCCGACGGUGAAGAGCCACAGAGCCUGCUACCGAGCCAUGACAAACCGUUGCCUCCUUCAGGAUUUAUCCUACUACUGUUGUUUGGAGUUGAAGGGCAAAGAGGAAGAAAUACUGAAGGCACUUUCUCUGAUGUGUAGCAUAGAUGCAGGACUGACUUUUGCGGCAGUUCACUGCCUGUCUGGGAAGCGCCAAGGUAGCGUCCUGCUUUAUCGGGCAAACAAAUACCCUCGAGAGAUGUUGGGGCCUGUCACAUUUAUUUGGAAGUCUGAGAGGAUCUCCGGUCACACUUCUGAGAGCAGGCAGUUGUGGAUCUGGCUUCAUCCAACGCUUAAACAGGAUAUUUUAGAGGAACUCAAAUCAGCGUGCCAGUGUGUGGAACCCGUCAAAUCAGCCGUCUGCAUCCCCAGCCUCCUGCCGACAACAUCCGAAGAAAAAAGCCAAACUGUACUGCCUGAUGAAAAAAUUGGCAAGAAAAGAAAAUGGAAAGAUGAUGGAGAAAAUGCUAAACCCUUUAAAAAAGUCAUCGGUGAUGGAACUAGAGAUCCACGUCAACCAUCUUCUUGGAUCUCUCCAGCCACAGGCAUUAUAAUCAGUGAUUUGACGAUGGAGAUGAACAGGCUCCGGUUGAUCGGUCCACUUUCCCACUCCAUCCUGACUGAGGCGCUAAAAGCUGCUUCUGUCCAGACCGAGGGAGAGGACACAGAGAAGACACCUCACCACUGGUGGAUUGAAACCUGUAAGAAUCCUGAUAGCGUUUCCCUUCAUCACAGACAAGAAGCCGUUUUUGAGUUGUUGGGAGGAAUAACAUCACCCGCAGAAAUUCCGGCCGGUACUGUUUUGGGACUGACAGUUGGGGAUCCUCGAAUAAAUUUGCCUCAGAAGAGGUCCAAAGUUUUUCCCAAUCCAGAAAAAUGCCAAGAUAAUGAGAAAGUUAGACAGCUGCUUCUGGAGGGUGUACCUGUGGACUGUGCGCAUAGCUUUAUUUGGAACCAAGCUAUCUGUAAGAAUGUCACAGAGAAUAAAAUCUCGGAUCAGGAUUUAAACCGGAAGAGAAGUGAAUUGCUGGUGCCCGGGUCACAGCUUGUUCUAGGUCCCCAGGAAUCCAGGAUACCUAUCCUUCUGAUUCAGCAGCCAGGAAAGGUGACGGGUGAUGAGCGACAAGGCUGGGGAAGCGGCUGGGACGUCCUGCUCCCAAAGGGCUGGGGCAUGGCUUUCUGGAUUCCAUUUAUCUAUCGAGGCGCAAGAGUUGGUGGGUUAAAAGAGUCUGUGGUGCACUCACAGUAUAAAAGUUCACCUGACAUUCCCAGUGAUUUCCCAGACUGCCCCGCUGGGGUUGUGUUUGCUGAAGAGCAAGCCAAGAAUCUCCUUGAAAAGUACAAAAGGCGCCCUCCUGCAAAACGGCCCAACUAUGUGAAGCUUGGCACCCUGGCACCUUUCCGCUGUCCCUGGGAACAGUUAACUCAGGAGUGGGAGUCAAGAGUCAGGUCCCAAGAGAAAUCCUCUGGAGCCUCUUCUCCAAGUGGCGAGGAGAGUGACUCGAGGAGAGACAAGUUGCCUUGCGCUCCCACACCUGAGAACACGGAUCCGCGGUCUGAUGAAGGGGGCACAUCUCAGAGCAGCUCCAGCAAGCCCCAAGAUGGGGUGGCUACAGAGUGCCUGGCCCGGCUGGGGACUGGGUGGGUAGCGGGCCAGGAUGCCACCGGCAGUCUCCCCUGCGUUCUGCGGAGUAGGAAAUGGCUGAAGCAGCUGUCGACCUGGUGUGGGCCCAGCUCCGGGGACCAGCGGGCAGCCCGGCGGGCUCUUGGCAGCGGGCAGCCAGCACCAACCAGAGCGGCCUGCCUGUCCCUCCUGGACCGCUUCCCCAGGGCCCUGGUGUGGGUCAGCCUGGCCCUACUGAGGAAGGGCAGCCCCGAGCCGCACUCCAUGAUCUGUGUCCCAGCCGAGGAGGACAUCCUCCAGCUUCGUCAGGAUCGGCUGUACUCUGGGCCCCAGGAACCCAAGCACAGCGACCCCUUCAAGAGCGAGAUCCGGAAGCAGAAAGAGAGGAAUAAGGUAGAGAAGAGGCAGAACCAGGCGCGAGCUGAGCCUGAGGGUCUGGCCGGGGCGCACCCUGCAGCCGGGCACCCAGCUCUGACCCUGGGCUUGUGGUCAGGCCCCCUCCCGGUGGUGACUUCUCACUGCUCCCGAGUUCUCCUUGGCUUUGUCACGCAGGGAGACUUUUCCAUGGCCGUCGGCGGCGGAGAAGGCCUGGGGUUUGUUAGCUUGACAGGCUUGCUGGAUAUGCUGUCCCGCCAGCCAGCAGCGGAGAGGGGCCUUGUGUUGCUGAGGGCGCCCGCCUCCCUGCAGUAUCGGUUUGCGAGAGUGGCCGUGGAGGUGUGA